GCAAGAUACCCUUUGAACAACCACCGUAAACAACCGAUAGAGAAUGGGCUCCUCCACACCAGAGCUCACAGGCGUAAUGGUGGCCCUUAUCACACCCUUCACCGACGAUGGCAGCAAGAUUGACGAAGUCCGCCUCAAGACACACAUUGACCGACUCCUCCAAGCAGGCGUACACGGCCUAGUCCCCGGCGGCAGCACCGGUGAAUUCACUGUCCUCUCGCUCGCGGAGCGCAAGCAAUUAACAGACCUCUGUGUCAAAUAUGCUGCGGGCCGAGUGCCCGUCAUCGCCGGAACAGGCGCCACCUCAACCCAGGAGGCGAUUGAGCUCGCCGUACAUGCCAGUCAGGUCGGCGCCGCGGCAGUAAUGGUCGUCCCACCCUUCUACGACCCAGUCAGCUAUGAACAGCUCACGGAGAUGCUGAAAGAGAUUCACGAAGCAUCCAAGCUGCCGAUCGUUUAUUACAAUAUCCCCGCCGCUAGCGGCCUUGCCUUGACUCCUCAGCAGAUUGCUGAUUUGUCCGAAGUGGGCGUUAAGUACCUUAAGGAUACGUCGGGCAAUGCGCCAGCAUACACGGAGUUGGUCUUCGGCUUGUCGGACAAGAUAAUUGCGUUUAACGGAUGGGAUACUCUUACAUUUUACGGUUUGGCGGCUGGGUCUCCGGGUGCUAUCUGGGGUGCAGCCAAUAUUAUUCCGGAUUUGGCUGUGCAACUCUGGGAGGCUGUUUCCGUACAGGGUGAUUUGAAGCGUGGGAGGGAGCUUUGGGCGAAGGCUUGGCCUAUCUGCAAGUUCCUCGAGUCUCACAAUUAUGCUGCUGCUGUGAAGACCGGUGUUGAGUUGACUGGUCAACCCACUGGUGGGCUGCGGAAACCCUUUGCCCUAUUGUCAGAGGCGCACAAAACAGAGCUGGCAUUGCUGAUGCAGAAGACUGGCGUCCAGACGAUUUGA